AUGGUGGACACGCGAGCUAAUGGCUAUACCGAAACCAGCAACAAUGUACGAAACCGUCACAGAAAUCAACACGGGCCCAUCCCUGUAGGGGCUGACAGCCCAAAUAACCUAGGUCAUCAAAUUUUGGAGGAACUAGGGCAAAUAAGGAACAAUCAACAGAGUGAGAGGACUCGACUCUUUUCUGAGUUUCGGAAGCAGAGGCCUCCAAAGUUCACAAGCGUACCAGACCCAAAGGUAGCUGAAAAUUGGCUCCGACAGAUAGAGAAAAUGCUAGACACUAUGGGCAUAACCGAGGCCGCUGAUAGAAUAGCUUUGGUAGUAUUUGAGCUGGAUGAUGAGGCUGACCAUUGGUGGGAGUUAAUCAAGAAUACUCGUGAUGUAGCGAGCCUAUCAUGGAACCAGUUCAGGGAACUAUUCCUAAAUAAAUAUUUCCCAAGUACUAUCCGUCGAGAACGAGUCAAGGAAUUCCAAAACUUGGAGCAAGGGAAUAUGACUGUGACCCAGUAUGCUGCAAAAUUUGAAGAGCUAGCCCGAUACACAACCAGAUACGUAGCAAAUGAUGAAGAGAAAGCAAGGAUGUUCGAGUGGAGACUGGACCUUACAAUCAGAGGAAGAGUCCUCCUGCAACGACUCCCCUCAUAUGCCGAGGUGCUAGAAACGGCAUUAGAAUCUGAAAGGGAAGUGAACGACGCCAGGAAGGCUUGGAACAAGAGAAAAGAGAGUCAGGCGUCUAUUGGACCUCAGAGGAACCAGAGAGGAAGCGUGACCUCAAAACCCUACUCCAAACCACAACCACAACAACAACGAGAGCAACCGCAGCAACAGAUCCAGAGAGGAGGCUAUCAAUAA